AUGGAGACGAUUUGGAAUCGUUGUCAGGAGUUUAUUUGGAAUGAACAAUUCUGGCUCGGAGAUGACGCUCGCUGGGAGGAUUUCGUCAGCGACGAUCCAUCAGUUUACUAUCCUAAAAUAUCUCACAUGAACUGGUCAAUUGUCAUUGGUGUUCUACUUUUGUUUGUUAGAUAUAUGAUUGAAAGCAUUCUUAUAAAGCCCCUGGCACACUGUCUGGGACUUCGAGAAAGAAAGCUGAUUUAUUUGCCUGAUCUUCCACCCCUGGAAGCAGCCUACAGGACGUACCGCUCAAAAAUACCACAGAGUGAGAUUGAGAAACUAUUAAAGCAAUUGAACAUGACAGAGAAACAAGUUCAGAGGUGGUUGUUUAAGAGAAGGCUACGUGAAGUGCCAUCUUCAAUGUACAAAUUUACAGAAUGCAGUUGGCAGUUUUUAUUUUAUACAGUGUCUUUUUCCUAUGGAUUAUAUGCCUUGUGGGAUAAACCAUGGUUGUGGGUUACAGUCAAUUGUUGGGUUGGUUGGCCAAAGCAGCACAUUGAUAAUGAUAUUUUUAUUCUGUACUUGUUGGAGCUGAGUUUUUACUGGAGCUUAUUGUUUGAUAUUUUCUUUAAAAGAGAUUACCAGAAAAAGGAUAAGAAGGAAAUGAUCAUGCAUCAUUUGGCGACCAUCCUGCUUGUCUAUUUUUCAUGGGCUUGCAACUUUGUGCGAGGUGGAAGUCUUAUUUUAGUGCUUCAUGAUGCAGCAGAUCCAUGGCUCAAUAUUACAAAAAUGUUCAAGUAUGCAAAGUACCAAACGAUGUGUGAAAUAUCCUUUGUUAUUUUACUGUUCGUUUGGAUCAUAUCCAGAUUAGUUGUUUUUCCUAUCUGGAUUCUGAAUACAACUGCUGUAGAGAUUCAUGAUUAUGUGACGACAUUUCCAGCCUACUGGUUUUUCAACGGCCUGCUUUUAGUGCUGCAGUUGCUGCAUAUAAUGUGGACCUAUCUAAUAUUGAACAUUGCCUUUCAGAAGUUUCAAACCGGAGCUAUUGAAAAAGAUGUGAGAAGUGAGUCAGAUGAUGAACUGAGUGAGUCUUCUGCUUCUGAAGAUAGCAGCAGCGUACAACGGCCCCUCAUUGAACAAACAAGUGCAUUGUCAAACGGUGUCAGACCAAGGAAGACCAUAGACAAAUUUCAUCACUGA